AUGUUCCAGCGCACUCUUCUCAGACAAGCCCAGGCCGCCCGGUCGGCUCUGGCAGCUUCCACCUCCACAUCCGCAUCCCUCGCUCUCCGACGGACAACACGUUUGCAACAACAGCUGCCCGCUGCCAUCCGGCCAUUUGCCCAGCCCACUCGCUUCUACUCCACCGAGAAGGAAGCUACCAAGGAGGGCGAGGGUGAGAAUGCCGAGCAGAACCCCCUCGAGAAGGAGCUUGAGGCCAAGAACAAGGAAGUCAUUGAUCUGAAGGACAAAUACCUUCGUUCCGUCGCCGAGUUCCGUAACCUGCAGGAGCGUACCAAGCGUGACAUGGAAGGUGCGCGCAACUUCGCCAUCCAGCGCUUCGCCAAGGACCUCCUGGAGAGCAUUGACAACUUCGACCGGGCGCUGCUGGCCGUGCCCAAGGAUCAGCUCGAGGCUCCUCAGACCGAGGAGAACAAGGCUCUGCUUGAUCUUGUUGCCGGUCUCAAGAUGACCGAGAACAUCCUUAUGAACACUCUUCAAAAGCACGGCCUCGAGCGCUUCGACCCCGGCGAGAAGGUCGAGGGCAAGCCCCAGAAGUUCGACCCCAACCUGCACGAGGCUACUUUCAUGGCCAAGGCUGAGGGCAUGGAAAACGGUGAUGUGAUGUACGCUCAGACUAAGGGCUUCCGUCUCAAUGGACGUGUUCUCCGCGCUGGCAAGGUCGGUGUUGUUAAGAACGACUAA